AUGUGUGGAAUCUGGGUCUAUCUUCAUAAACUCUCGAAACCCCCUUCGCUCAGUUAUGGAGAUAUAUACAAUGCAUUUAUGAGCUUAAGCCCAAGAGGCCCUGAACGAUCAAAUUUUUACAAAAUCAGUAAAUAUGGAUUGUAUAUUGGAUUUCAUAGACUUGGAAUUAUAGAACCAAUAGUCAAAGCUGAUCAACCUAUAAUUUAUGAAUCAGAAGAUAAAUUUAUUUACUCAAUAUGCAAUGGAGAAAUUUAUAAUUUCAAAGAAUUGCAGAAAAGAUACGAUAUUUCGGUGGAAACACAAUCAGAUUGUGACAUAUUUAUACAGAUAUAUCAGCUUAUUGGAUUUAACGCAUUGGUGAAAGAGUUAAUUGGAGAGUUUGCAUUGUGCAUAUGUGAUAUUGAUAAAAAAACACGGCGAGUCAAAUUAUUUGUAUCCAGAGAUCCGGCUGGCAUUAGACCAUUAUAUAUAACUGGAAACGAAGAUGAGAUUGUUUUAACAUCUGAAUUGAAGGGAUCUCCAUUCUUAAAACGGGGGUAUAAAGUUAUGCAGUUUCCACCAAGAUAUUGUAUUGAAUUUAGUAACGAAUGUAGUAAUUUAUUUGAUGUUCCAUUCAAAAAAGCGUUCAAUUAUAUUGAUUUUAAAAAAAUUGAAAUUGGGUUAAAUGAUGAGGAAAUUGUAAAGGUUCAAAUUAGAGAAACUUUAAGUGAUGCUGUGCGCUGUAGAUUAUUUACUGAUAGGCCCUUGGCCUGUUUGUUGUCUGGGGGAUUGGAUAGUAGUAUAGUUGCAAGUAUAUCAUCAAAAUAUUUCAAAGACAAUAAUGCUGUAUUGAAUACAUACAGUAUUGGAAUGCCAGACUCAACCGAUGAAUAUUAUGCCAAAUUGGUUGCCAAUUACAUUGGGAGUAAUCACACUCACUUGACAAUAAAAGAGAGCGAGUGGCUUGAGAUCAUUCCAAAGGUGGUAUUUGUAACUGAGACUUAUGACGUUACCACAAUUAGAGCAACGGUCGGCCAAUAUUUAAUCUCCAAAUGGAUAUCCGAAAACACGGAUAUUAAAGUAUUACUGAUUGGCGAUGGCAGUGAUGAGUUGUGUGCUGGUUAUAUGUAUUUCCAUGAAGCGCCGGAUCCACGAUCUUUGCAUUUGGAAAACGUAAGAUUGGUUGAAGACAUACAUCACUAUGAUGUACAAAGGGCGGAUAGGGGGAUAUCAAAUAAUGGCCUAGAAGCAAGAGUACCAUUUUUGGAUCACAGAUUUAUCAAACUUUACCUUUCAAUAGACCCGUUGUUGCGUAUGCCUUCGGCUAAGGGAAUGGAGAAAUGGAUACUUAGAGAAUCUUUUGCCAAUGGUUACCUCCCCAAUGAGGUAUUGACGAGACAUAAAGAAGCGUUUUCUGACGCGGUAUCACCAUUAAAUAAAUCUUGGCAUUCAAUCAUCCAAAAUUAUGUUGAUAGAAAGAUUAGUGAUGAGUAUUUUGUGACAAACAAACAUAAGUACACACACUGUGUGCCUCUCACCAAAGAGGCUCUGUUUUACAGAGAAUUAUUCGAGUUUUACUAUGGGAAUUCCGAAGAAACAGCCAAGACUGUACCAUAUUAUUGGUUACCCAAGUGGGUUGACGAAGAUUCAGAGCCUUCGGCUAGAGUAUUAAAGGUUUAUAAAGCUACCAAGUUGUAA